AUGGCUUAUACCGCGUUGACAUAUGGCUCGUUGUUGGCGUGGAUAUCAGUAAUGAGGUCUGUUGAAAGUCAAUUUGCCCUGGGACCCCCAUACAACCUCAGUGCGGCCGGUGUCGGGCUUUUGAAUCUUGCGCCGUUCAUCGGAAUGCUUAUUGCAACUCUAAUAUUCCUGGCAUCUGGAAUCUUGCUCAUCUUGAUGUUUAGCGCGCUAUCUGACCUGAGUCACACUUCUGAGACGAAAGGCGCUUACCCACUCUUCACCGCAAUUCAUUGGAUCGCAGUGGCAACCUCUACUCGCGUUGGCCGUCUCGAUACCAAUACGUGA